UUCUCCAUUUCGCCCCUUGCGUUGCUCUCAUCUGAUGCUUCAGCAUUGGCAAAGUGGUAGUAGCCAUUCAACAAGACGUCUAAUGGAUGGAUAAUCAUGAAGGCGAUUCGAUAUGACCAUCAAGUGACGACCAUGACCUUUGUGUUGCUAACCUUCGUCGUCUUCUCGUUGAUCGCCAACAGAGUGGCAGCCGAAUUCUACAUCGGAGAGUAUCACACGUCAGUCGAUGAUUCCAGCGGACGCAAUCGAAUCAAAGACACAAAUCCCAUUUUUCAUCUCGACAAAAAUGACGGCCGGAUGGAUGGCAGCUACGACGACAAGAGCGCCGACGACCAAGAGAGUAACGAAUUGUUCGCGGCCAGAUCAAACAAGCGCAUCGGCCAUCGUGAGCGAAGCCAAAGCGCGGCGAUGGAAGGGCGCAGCCUGAGCACAUUCAACCCGCUGACGCCGGGCGGAACCAUUUACCUGGCCUUCAUCUUCCUGAUCCCGUUGACGGUGGGCAAAACGAAGCUGGGCCGCGCCAAAUCGUCCGCCUCCCUCUCAAAGGGCAACGGUCUGCUGGAGCGUUUAAUUCACAAAGUGCAGCAAGACCAGCAGAGCCUGUACAGCGAAAUGGGCUACGUCGACGGCAACCUCAUGUUACGCAGCGGCUGGCGCCACUUGCGUGACACCCUGGCCAAAAAAUUGCUACUCCUUCCCUGGCGGCGACGCUUUCACGACAGCAGUACGAAUAGAAGAAAGAAAAAGAAAGGGAAAAAAUCCUGGAAAUCGCCACAACGACCAUUAUAGCUACUUCCUGUGUCCUCUUCACCAUUACAACGCAUCUUUGUCCCCCAUUUUCUUUCUUGUUAUUCGUCUUUUUAUUUUUUUUUUUUUUUUUUUUUUCUUUGCCAACAACAUAUGCACAACGCAAACAUGUGUUGUUGAACGGCGGCUGUUUGCGAAAUGUUUUGUCUGAAUAAGAGUUGUUUUCUGUAUCGUU